AUGUCCGCUCUGGUUCGUUAUCACUGUCCUUUUGUCGGCCUUCAUGGGUGUCAAGAUGGUCGAGGGAAGGGUCUUACUAAAUCCUCCUUGCUCCAACACUUUAAAGAUUGGCAUUAUCGCGGUGAGGCUAUGGCUCUUACACGUCAAACACUUUCUGAUAAUUUGACGAUGUUUUCUAAUGCUGAAACUACUCUAAAGCGGAUGGGGGUUUGGAUUUGUGGGGUAUGUCUUCGUACUCACACCUUCCGUUCUAAAUGUCGGCGUUAUGAGAAUGUUUUUGUGGAGCCUCCAGAUUAUGGUGAUGGCCUUGUUCGUUUUAUUAUUUAUGAUAUUCCCAUAUCUCCGGCUCCGUCUUCGUCGGUUCUCUCAUCUGAUGUUAGGGUUGAGCCUGUGGGUUGGUCUAUCUCUUUGCUUGAUCGUUUGUUCUCUAUAGGUCUUCGCACCGUGGAAUUUAUCCCUCCUAAGUGUUGCCUUGGUUUUGCGAGGGUUCUGAAAGGGAAUUUGGAUGAUGUGGGUGUUUCUCCUGGUGACCUCUCCUGCUGGAUUCGCUUACUUGUGUUGCAUCUCUGCGUGCUUAAGACCUUUUCUCUUUGGAGUAAUCUUCAGUGUCGGUCCGCUAUUAGGCGCCUUCGUCAGGAAGAGAGUGUUAUCCGUGCUAUUCUUGCUUGGGGGUUAGGUGGCAGUUUGUAA